AUGGUAAAUAAAUAGAAAUUAAAUUAUACAAAAAUAUUAAUUUGGCUUCUUUAUCAAUUAGUUGCUCUAAAAAAACUCCUUUAAUAAUCAUACAUUUUUUCUAUAAAUAGCAAAUAACUCGCUUAUCUUUUAUUUAUAUAUAGAGUUCGGAUUAAACCUAAUUAAAAAUUUUUUUCAAAAAAAUCUUUAUCCAAAAAUUUAAUUAAGGUAAUCAAAAAAUUUAGAGAAAUGAAAAUUUUAAUUAAAAAUCUUUUGUGUAUUCUUAUUAUUAAUUUAGCUUUUCUUUAUUAAGAAUCUGCUUCUUAAGAUGUAUUUGGCUAAAAUCUUAAAGAAUAGUUUGAUAAUACCUAGUCUUAGCUUAUGUAUACUCUUGAAGAUGAGCAUUAAAAUAAAUAAAGCAAUGAAGUAACAGAAUAAGAAUUAGAUUAAAAUAAGUAGUUAAGAUAACUUGAAGAUUAUUAAAAUAAUGAUGAUGAGCAAAUUAAUUAAGAAUUUAAUACUUCAUCUAUUUAAGAGGAAUUAGAAAAACUUAAAGAAUAUGAAGCUAAGUUAAAUCAAAAAUGCUUUGUUGAUUCAGAUUGUGAUGUUAAAUAAAUGUGCUAGCAAGGUCGCUGCUAAAGAAAGUCAGUCUUCCCUCUCAAUUUUCCUGAAAUAUUUGGAAGCAUUGUAAUAAUAACAAUAUUAGGAUUUGGUCAAGCAGCAGGUAUUGGAGGAGGAACUUCAAUCACACCAAUAUUAUUAGCUCUUUUUUUAUAUGAUACAAAAAAGAGUGUGGCUUUAGUUAUUCUUCUUGUAUUUAGUAGUUCGUUGGGAAAUACAAUUUAAAUAUCUCGAGAACGAACACAUGAUGGUGUACCAGUUAUCGAAUACCGCCUAAUAUUAGUAACUCUUCCUACUUUAAUUGUGGGUACAGUUUAUGGAGUGGCAGUUAAUAAAUUUUUACCUUCUAUAGCUGUAUGCAUUCUGCUAGUUAUUCUUCUGGCUUAGUAGAUAUAAAAAUCAUACUUGAGAUACAAGAAUAUGAGAAAAAAUGAAUUAAAAUUGAUAAAAAAUAGUAGUUUAUUAAGUUCAUAAGAUAAAGUUAUUGAUGAUGAACAAAUAAAAAGCUAGAUUUAAUCAUAAUAAUAAAACUAAUAUUAGCAAGAAGUUAAUCAAAUGAUUCCUCUAUUAGAUAUAACAGCUGUAGAUUAAGUAGAUUCAAAAUUAACAUAAAAAUAAGAGCUCUAAGCAUUAAUAAAAGAAGAGUAAGAUUUAUACCCUAAAAAAACAAUAACAUAAAUUUGUGCUGUAAGCGCUUUUGUAAUUAUAUUUUCUUUGUUGCGUGGAGGGAGCAAGUUUGACUCAUUGCUAGGUAUCUAAGCAUGCGGAUUUAUUUAUCAGCUUAUGAAUUUAAUAAUAUCAAUUACUUUUUUUUAUUGGAUAACAUAAAUAAUGAAGGAAUAUAAUGAAACUGAAAAAAAAAAAGAAAAUUUAGGAUAUGAUUUUCCUUAUGGCAAACUAACAUUUGAAGCUAUGAGAGAAUAUGCAAAAACUGGAUUAUUAGCAGGAUUUUUGGGAGGGAUGCUUGGAAUAGGUGGAGGUAUCAUUUUAAUACCUAGGUGGCUUGAGUAUGGUAUCUCUUCAACAAGAACUACUGCUUGCACUCUAACUAUUAUUUGCUUUACUACUUUUAAUAGUUUUUUUUAGUUUUAUUUAUCUGGAGUCUACACAAUAGGAGAAAUUGUAUUCUUUAGUUUUAUUGCAUUCUUAAGUUCUUUUAUUUGCAAAGCAGUCAAAAAUUAUGUUAAAAGAACAAAAAAGGAAUCCAUUUUAGUUCUCAUUCUUACAAUUUUUAUGAUAGUAGCUUCAUCACUUCUUAGUGGAAUAGUGAUAUAUCAUGCAGUUGAUAAUUUUGAAGAUUCAACUAAAUUUGGUAGAUUUUGCUGA